CCACCUGCCAGCACUGGAGGUGGGUUAUUUGGACAAAGCAGCCCUCCAGUGUUUGGGCAGAACACCGGCUUUGGGCAAACGGGAUCUGUCUUUGGUAGCGCUGCCGCCGUUACUACUACAACAUCAUCUGCUGGGUUCAGCUUCUGCCAAGCUUCAGGUUUUGGCUCUAGUAACACAGGUUCUGUGUUUGGGCAAGCAGCUAAUACUGGAGGAUUUGGAUCUGCAGCUACCCAGAACUCUUCUAGCUUGUUUGGAAACAGCGGAGCAAAGACCUUUGGAUUUGGCAGCUCAUCUUUUGGAGAGCAGAAGCCUACGGGCACUUUCAGCUCUGGUGGUGGAAGCGUGGCGUCUCAAGGCUUUGGGUUCACCAGUCCAACCAAAGCAGGUGGCUUCGGUGCUGCUCCAGUGUUUGGCAGCCCUCCCACUUUCGGGGGAUCCCCUGGGUUCGGAGGGAUGCCAGCAUUCGGUUCAGCCCCAACCUUUUCAAGCCCUCUGGGCUCAACGGGAGGCAAAGUGUUCGGCGAGGGUACAGCAGCAGCCAGCGCUGGAGGAUUUGGGUUUGGUGGUACCAGUAACAACACAGCAUCGUUUGGCACGCUAGCAAAUCAAAAUACUCCGACAUUUGGAUCGCUGUCGCAACAGGGUACCACUUUUGGCACACAGAACAGUGGAUUCUCAGCUUUUGGGACAGGUGGAGGAGGGUUUGGUUUUGGAUCAUCUAACACAUCUUCCUCUGGAUUUAGUGGAUGGAGAAGCUAGGAACAUCCUGAGCUCCUGUAGAACGGUGCUGUAGCUCCUGCGCUUCAUGAGUCACCUUCACGAUCAAUAUCCAAACAGCUUUUCUUUUAAAUACAACUUCUUGGACUUUUUUGGUUUUUAAGAAAAAGAUUUUGCUUAUUUUUAUGCAACACUUGUUCUUGCUCUAUAUUAAACUAUUUUAUCUGCCUUGA